UAUUCCUGCGCCUGACAGGAAUGCUCCCCAGUCAGCUUGUGUUACAACUUUGUGAUGGGUUUGAUAACAGCGAUGAAUUCCGUCUGUUACUCUACAACUAUUAACUGUAAAAGUGAAACAAUGUAAACAAUUCUGUUUAAAUUCUGAAAAAAUAUUGUAAAUUAAUUUCAGAAACAUUUCUUUGAAGGCGCGUAAACUUUAUAGUUUAAACUGCAUGAGGUGAUAUAUAUUUUGGCAAAUGCAAGUCUUCAAUCUGUGGCACCAGACAUUGUUAAAAGUUUCAUAGAAUAAACUGUAUGCAUUACUGUCAUAUUAAACAGUGACAUGUAUAUUUUAGUUCUAGCUAUCUUUAAGAUCUACGAACUAAAUAUUUUUAGAUCUAGCUUUAUGGACAUAUGUUGAACGCCAACUACGGAAGUAAAAAGCACUUUUUCUCAAAAUGAAUAAUAGUUCACUAAAUAUUGAGAAAUAACUGAAUGAACUGAGAUUUAAUACCAAAUGAUUUUUGGACUGUCUAAAAGAGACUUUUUAAUUUAUGUCAGAGUAUUGAAUUUUUCUGCACGAGUUUUGAAUGAGUCUGCAAUUAAUAAGAACUGUUGACAGAAAUUUAAGCUUUUACAAAGCAGAUUUCUCUAGUAGCAGAGAAAACUGAAGUAUGCAUUUAAACAAAUAAGUGACUGUUUGAUUGGUUAGAAUAUCCAUCAUGUAAGGGGUAAAGCUACUGACUGCGUAAGUGCGAAAUAUUUGCAACAGAGCAAGAAUUACAUCACCUGUCUUGAAACCAAAGUUUAGCUGUUAUGAAAACCAAGCCUUGGUAAUACUCUAAGGCCUUUCUUAUCUCCUGCCUGCCAUCAGUAACAGAAGGAUUUCCCAGAAUGCUCAUAAACGGCAAUAGAACUCUCAGCGGCAAAAAAGAAUGGAGAAAAAAGUCAGAGAAACGUAAAUUACCACACCAAUAUGCAGAGCUAUUUUGAAGUGUAGACUUAGAUAACAUCUUUGUUAUUCCAUACAUAAACUAAAUGGGAUUUGCAAAAUUAUCUAUCGAAACUAUAUUUAAGCAUCAAUGAAUGUGACUCUUUGUAUCCUUUCCAUAUCAUAGAAGAACUUUAAUUACGAAUAGCAUAAAUUCAAAUGAUUGAAUAGAAACUGGGACCUAUGAAUAUGUUUUCUAUGUAAGUGUAAUAUGAAAGUUAUACGUUUAUAGACAACACAGAAACAUGGAUGUGCUGAAUGAUAGUCAAAUAUUUUUAAACGAUACUACGGUGUUCUUAGACAGUAACUAUACGUUCCUUAAUUCUACAGGAGCAGCACUAGAACUCGAAGAAUCGCCUCCUUACUACGGUGAAUAUUUAACAAUAUUUCGAAAUGGAUACGGAUCAAUACAUGGAUACCUGAGUUUCAUCGUUUGCAUAUUUGGAAUAACUGCGAAUGUUUUGAAUAUCAUAGUUCUUACUCGGAAGAACAUGGUAUCGCCUACCAAUGCCAUCCUUACUGGCCUUGCAGUGGCAGAUAUGCUGGUUAUGUUUUCAUACUUACCAUUUACUUUCCAUAAUUACAUUCGUAAAGAUCUCAGUGAGAAGGAAAAGUUUUCAUAUGGCUGGGCAGUAUUUACCCUCUUCCAUGCUCAUUUCACAGUAGUGAAUCACACCAUAUCAAUAUGGCUAACAGUCACAGUUGCUAUCUGGAGAUUCAUGGCGGUGAGUUUUCCGGCAAGUAGCAACAAUUUGUGCUCAAUGCCACGAGCGAAGUGUGCCAUUUUCGCAACUUAUAUCACCUGCGCGAUUUUCUGCAUUCCGGUAUACAUAACAUUUACAGUGUCUAAGUUUAAAGGAAACGACGGCGAAGUGAUGUAUCGUGUGGAUUUCAGUAAAAUAGCUCAAAGGCAUGACAAAUUGUUAGAGAAAAUUAACUUUUGGCUUUUCAGCGUCAUCACUAAGUUGGUUCCAUGCGUCGCACUCACAGCUCUUAGUUUGGGUUUAAUCCGCGUACUUUAUGAAGCAAAUCUACGAAGGCAAAGACUGAAAAAUCGGGCAGAGAACGACCGCUCACAUGACAGAACGACAAGGAUGUUGUUAGCAGUUUUAUUACUCUUCUUGCUCACAGAAUUUCCAGCAGGAUUAUUAGCAUUACUCAGUGGUAUAUUAGGUUCUGAUUUCUUCAACAAUGUAUAUCUUAAUUUUGGGGAAACAAUGGACGCUUUGGCUCUUAUUAACAGUGCCAUUAAUUUCAUCAUUUAUUGUUCAAUGAGUAGGCAGUUCCGAGACACGUUUGCAUUUCUGUUCCUACCGAAGUGUGCCACUCAUCAAGAAAUGGCGCCAGUUACGGAUCCUUCCCGUACAGUUGCUACCACUUGCGUUUGAAAGGCAGGAUACUGCUUGGAUACCAUACCUGAAAUAUUUUAAAGUAAAGUCGGGUGAAUAAUUCUAAACUACGACAGCCUAAGUUAUGAUGAAAGAUUUUCAAAACUCUACAUUUUCUAAAAGGCAAGGUACACUUGAACAUUUGCUAAGUGACGUAUUUCUAGAAGUAAUCCUAAUAGAGAUUGAAAAAGGCUAGUGCUUAAAGAAUGUACCAAAAUGAGUGUGUUAAUUUACAAUUUAUUAGGACCUCAGAAGAAGUGUGUCUAAGUCUAACAUUCAAGCAUACAGUGUAUAUCGAAUAGUAAACAAGAAGGUCUACGAAUUUAAAAAAUGAAAUUAUAUUUUUGAGGAGGAAUAUUUCGGCUAUUCAUAAGCUGAGGAAAUUUAAUGCAUUGCACAAUACAAUGGUACAAUGCAUUCAAAUGUAUUGUUACCACUGUUGUCAUUUCUUUUGAUGAUCGUAAACAUUUUCUAAGACAAGUGUUUCUAAGGAAUUCUACCUAGAAUUCUACUUCUGUUUGUAAAAGUUGAGCUUAUGCAUAUUUAUUCAGAAAUCAAAGCACUUAAAAGUUUUAAACAACAAUGGUAAAUUCACAAAGCGUGUUUAUUUAACAUUCUUUAAAUGAAAACGAUAAACAUAGCAAAGAAACAAGCGAAGUCAUACGAUGUGGGUAGAUAAUACGUCAUAUCAUCAUUUUUAUAAAAUAUAAUAGAAAUUUACGCGCAUUUCAACGCUGAUGGUUUUAAGUAAAUAAGAAAAUGUAUUAAUGACAGUUUUUACAAGAAGACUAUUACAGCAUAUAAUAAAUAAGACAAAAUAAUAUAACUGCAUUAAAAUUGUAAUAGAAGUGUGAUUUUUUUCUUAAAUAUAUGUGCUUGAUAUAUUACAAGAACAUGACUGAAGCGCUUAUCUUACUCUUUCUAAAUCCAUGUUGAAAGAACAAAUUUGCAAAUUUUGCUUAAUUCCUGUUGAAAAGUAAAAAUAUUCUUGUUUUUUAUGCAAAAAAAGUUUAGAAACUUCAUAGACAAAUACUGCUCAGCAAAAACUAUUUGGUGCUUCCUCAUGUGUAAUAGAAGUAACCACUCUUUGCAAAGUAGGAGUAAAAUUUCGUAAGAAAAGGAAACUUGAAAUAGAGAUACAUUUCCGAAUUUUGUAAACUGUUAUGAUAUUAGUUAGAAUUCCUGCUGAUUACGCAAUAUAAUUUCUUCUCCUAAAUACUUCUACGACACGGAAUACAUUAGAGCAUAAAUUUGGAGAGAGAAGAUGGUUGACGUAUAGAUGGUGAACAUGAAGACAUAUGAAAUGGAUUUUUGCAAUUCUAAGAUAUUUAAGGCGAACAUUAUUCUUUGAUGACAAAGUAUACUUACUGAUAAUGAAUGAACAGGAAAGUCUUAGUUUUAACAAAAACCAUUAAAAUCAUUCAUUAUUUCUUUCCUGAACUGAAAUUGCCAACAGAGAGUACGUUUUAUGCAAAUUUUGUAGGAUUAAGUUUUAAUCAUAGUUGUGCUUAAUAAGUAAAACUGUUCAUUCGCACUUAUUUACAUUACUAACAAAUUAGGUUUUUUUGAGAGAGUACAUAAUAACAACACAUUUAAUAUCAAUUUUAAUUUAUUUUAAAAUCAUUUUUUGACAAAUUCAGAAAAGCACAUGACUCAGUAUAUUUUUUAUAACUGUUAAAGGCUUAAAGAAUAAUGUUGCGAUUCCUUGCUUAAACAUAUUGUUCUCCUUCUGAACAAGGGAUUGCAAAUACUAUUCGGGGCUCUUAAGCCUUUCGCACGCAAAUGAAUACGUAAAAACUAAGUUUUGAAAGAGGAAAAAAUCGAGAAACGUACAGUUUUCUACCCCAUAGUUUAUAUUAAAAUUAUAUUUUAUCAUUUUAUCUCAAUACUUUAAAUUUUGAUAAGAAAAUGCAUGUUUAUGAGAAAUAUCUAAAACAAACUUAGCUGAAUAUCACGAAUUUCAAAUUAUCACAAUCUUAAUGCACAACUAUGAUUUUAAUGAAUGUAAAAUUUAGGUAUUAUGUUAUGUAAUAUUAUUCAUACAUCCGAACAAAAUAAAACUGUCGGAAUAUGUGAUUUUUAAAAGAUGGUAAAUUAUAUGAUCUGAGAAGAGAAUACAAAAAUAAGUAACUCAGUUGAAGAAAAUAUACUGCAUAUAUUUUUACAUUUACCUUCGAUAUAUGGUUAUGCAUAUAUACGCGCAGGACAUUGACUGGGGAAGAUUCUUUUUAUUAUCGCAGAUAUACUAAAAUUACAUACAUGUUAUACAUAUUCUAACAAACAUGAUUAUGUUCAAGUUAUGUUUGAAAAUAUUGUGUAAAGAUAUAUUAUUCCUCACUGAGUUUGCAGAAGUGGUACAAUGCUUUUGUAUGUUAAUUAUGAGCAAACGUGCAUACAGUAUAAAAACGUCAGUAUAAGAAAGAGUAUACGUUAGUGUAAGAAAUAGAUGCUUCGAAAUUUUAGCUAUUUUUUGCUUGUAACGUACGUAUUAACAAUGAUUAUGCCAAAAGCAUUCGAUUUGAAAAUGGUACUAUAAACGAAAAUUCCAUUAAACUAGACAAGCAUGUAUAACAGAAUGUGUUAUCAACUGCAAACUUGAGAGAGGCUAGCUUCUGGAAUUCCAAGACUCAUUAAGUGCAUCAGCCGUGGUUGGUAUAUAGGAAAUAAUUUCAUAAUUACGAUUAACUAUAUAAAUGCUUUGAAUUUCAAAAUCAAACAUCAUCUAUUAAUUUUCAGAAAGCGUCAGCAAAAGGCAAAAUAUUGCAGUGAGCUAUUGAAUUAGAACAUUUCAGACAUUACCGACUCCACGCUGUUAUACAACAGAGCCAUAUUCGUUUCAAUUGUCUAUGGCACAGAAUAUACUUACUUCAAAAAGAAUAGAUUUAGCGAAAUGAUAGAGCCAGAUUAUCCCUGAAAUAUAUAAAGGCAUAAGAUUCAAUUAAAAUCUAUAACAACUAGUAUGUUCACUCCAGCCGGGAGCAUUGCACCUGGAUCAGAAAUAAGAGUGAUCAGAUUGUCCUAAUAUAUAUUUAACAUAGUUUCUGUGUUUGGCACUUCCUUCUUAAUUCGCUGCACAGCAUGCGCCGACAGAAUGUGUCGAGGUAGAAAAUUUGCUGGAUUGUCCAAUAAACUCAUCAACAGUCAGGAACCACCCUAAAGGAGAGUGUUUCGACAAGACUAACGUCAAUGAUUUCACCACUCUGAAGACGACUUAGCUAACAAGCUUUAUCAAUUAAACAAGUCCUUUUGUUUCACUUUCUGUUUGAGGCGAAUAGUAUAUAUUCAGUUGAAACAUAGGGGACAUUUCUUCUAUCGUCGAGGUUUCUGCAUUCCUUGGGAGUUACUAAACAUAUGCUCUUUAAAUACGACUCAGACCAGGAUCUUCAUCUUUCCAGAAUAUUGAAUGCCACCUGUCUUAAUUCAUACUUGACAGUUAUCACCUUCCCUGGUGUGUUUCAGUCCUAGUGUUAAUUUACCUAACGAUGGAAAAUUGUUUGAACAAAUCUCAUAAAUGUCAUAAGUGAUGUGCAGUUGGCCAUCUAUUUGUGCACCUGUGACUGUGCCUGUUGUAAUACGUCUUGAUUUAUGGAAACUUUAAAUGCAAAUCAUGCGUGCAACUAUUUAAUUAACAUUACAAAACAGAGUCAGUUACUUAUACGCAUACAAGCAAUGAUUAGAGUGGGCUAUUACUUCAUUAAAGGCAUCAUUCUUCACAAAUUCUCGUAUAUUUCCAUCCUACAGCAUUAAGAUUAUUUGAUCAAAAAUUAUGUUUUAAAAAUUGAAGAGUAUUUAAAUCCAUUUUGAUUCAUUUGUUGCAGUUUGAACUUAAUUGAUCGCAAAUUUUUAGAUAUGUGUUUAUUAAUUUUCCCAGGUUUUCAAUAUUACCUGUGGAGGAAACUAAAGGCUUACGGUAUGCUUAAGUAAUUAUGCUUCACAUAAUAAAAUGAGAAUUAAAGUUUUUAUUCUUUCAAAAUACAUUAUUUCAUAAAACUCCUAUAUUGUAGUUUCCUACGUUAACUCCAGCUCUCCGCUACUCUUCUGUCAUCAGUCUUAAUUUAAAAUAACAAAAUAGAAAGAAAAGAAAGUAAUAUUAUUUUAUAAUACUUUCCUGUAGUAAACUAUCCAAACUAAUUCUUUUCAUAAAAAUUUGCGAGUGCUCUGUUGAAUAAAAUUUUUGCAGAUCUUGUACUUAUUAUUACUAAUAACUGAUAUAGUUUAUGUAGGAUGAAAAAUAAAAUUUUUAA